CAGAUACUCAAUUCUGCUUCGAACAAUCACAAACUUGUUUUCUUGUAGUUUAAAGUCCAGUGUUUUUCAAGUGAAAACGUUAUUGACUGUGCGUAGAAUUUUCAAACCACAAAAAUGCCUGGGACUAAAAGCAACGACGACAUGAAUGUUCAAGUUCAAAAACUUUUACUUGCAAUAAAUGAUGAUUUGAUGAAACUAAAAACUGAAAUAGCAUCGGUUGGGGCCAUUUUCAGUGAUGAUGGUUCAGCAUUGCCAAAAUCUAUCAAGAUGAUGAAUAGCAAAUUGUUGGUAGCAGCAAAGGAAAUAGGAGUGGAUUUAGAUGCCUUACCAGAAAAUUUUAAUGAAGAUAAUGAAAAGUUAAAUGAUAAAAAUCAGAAGUCAAUUGAUUCUGAGUUCUCUGAAAUUAAUGAAAAACUUACGCAAACAAUUAAAAGCUUACAAAAUCGAUGAAAGAAAUUGAUAUAAACCUUGUAGCUUAUUUUUUUUAUUUUUUUUAUAUAUUUUGUAUAAACAAACUUUACAAAAAAGUGAUAACUAUAAAACCUUUAUAAAAAUGUAUUCAUCCGUGGCACCAUAAGAAAUAAAAUUUAUUUUUUUAUUA